AUGACCGAGGUGGACGACACAAAACUCGAACGCUACAAACUACAAACAGAGUUCUCGCCGGAUGGGAGAUCCAUAGAGCACACCACGUACAAGAGCUCCCUGGAGUCCGGUGUGCGCCGAGUGGUGGUGAAGACGCGGUGGUAUGAGGCGAGGCAGCUGGGCUUUGGAGGCAACGGCGUGGUGUUUCUGCAACGAAACGACGACGGCCAGUAUAGGGCCGUCAAGAGGAUGUACAAAGAGAAGGGAGUGAGCUUCAGGAUGGAGCUCAAGGCGCUGACCAAAUCGCUAGAUCGUGAGGAGCUAUUUGUUCAGUUCUUCGGAUGGUUCGAGGACAGGCAAAACCUGUACAUCGCGAUGGAGUUCAUCAAGUUUGGCGAUCUGAGCCAAUACAUCAAGGACCCGGCGAUGAAGCAUAACGCCCGGCAGAUUGCGACGCAGGUGCUGGAAGGCAUCGAUUCCCUGCACAAGAACAGGAUAUGCCAUAGAGAUCUCAAGCCGCAGAACAUCUUGAUGGCCUCUGUGGGGCCGGUGUGGGUGAAGAUAGCGGACUUUGGAUGUUCAAAGUACCACAAGGACUCCAACCUGGAAACAAAACGCGUCGGAACCCAGCCUUAUAAUGCGCCAGAACUCCACGGUCUGGGGAAAGAGCAGCCGAUCUACACCAACGCGAUCGACAUGUGGUCUCUGGGAUGCAUCAUCCACGAGAUGUUGACAUCCAAGCUUGCCUUCUCCCGGACCAGCGCUGCGCCGACAACGGUCUCGACCAUGAGUACCCAGCCAGAGGCGGGGGAGUGCACCUUUGAUCAUGAACUUCUGAGCAGUUUCUGUUUGGAAGAAGAACCCAAAUUUCCCACCGAGCUGCUCGAGCAUGCAGGCGCCAGCAGCAAGGCCAUCAAUCUCAUCAGGUCCCUUCUGCGCGUGAACCCAGCGGAACGGCCCACAGCGGAAAGCGCUCUGCAAGCGCCCUGGAUCGUGGAAGAGCCAGAGGAUGGGCGAAUCGCCAAACUGACCAUUUCAAGAAUAGAAGGGGAGAAGGGGAGGGCUCCAAGCGCAGGCCUCCAAACCAAGGACUCCAGCCCGAGAGACCUAAUCAAGGCCGCGGUGGACGGCGAUGUCAGGACCCUCUCCGAGCUGCUGGCCCUCAAGCCCGAUACGGAGCAGAGAAACGAUUCAGGCGAGACGGCGCUGCUGGCUGCGGUGCGUGCCGGGAUGCUGCAGAGCGUCAACAUGCUCGUCAAGCACGGCGCCAACCUGAAAGCAACCCUCAUGGAUGGAAGCACCCCUCUGCUCGUCUCCGUACAGAUGAGGAACACCGAAAUGGUCAGGCUCCUGCUGGACCAGGGUGUCGACGUGGAUGAGAGGGGAAAGGACCAACGCACAGCCCUCAUAACUGCGGCCGGCGUGGGCGAUGUGCCGACGGUAUCGCUGCUGCUGGAUCGCGGGGCAAGCCCGGAGGCCAAACAGAAACUUAAGCAAACUGCCCGGAUGAUCGCGGCGAGGCUAGGUGUGGGGAUCACCCGCAGCUAG